AUGAAGUCUCUGGCGCGAAGUUACAUCUGGUGGCCCAAAAUUGAUAAGGACAUUGAGCACCUAGCCAAGAGCUGCCCUGGUUGUCAACUUCAACAGAAUGAAGCCGGCAAAGUACCACUACACCCUUGGGAAUGGCCAACCACACCUUGGCAGAGAAUCCAUUUAGAUUUUGCUGGGCCGUUCCUAGGACGAAUGUUCCUUAUCAUUGUAGAUGCACACUCGAAGUGGCCUGAAGUGGAAAUAAUGCCAUCUACCACAUCGACGCAGACCAUUGACCGACUCCGAACUAUUUUUGCCCGAUAUGGAGUGCCAGCACAGGUGGUGACCGACAAUGGGCCACAAUUUACAUCCGCAGAGUUCCAACUAUUUUUGAAGACUAAUGGUAUCAAGCAUAUUACCACGGCCCCAUUCCACCCUGCAACCAACGGUCAAGCGGAACGUUUUGUUCAGAGUUUCAAACAUGCUAUGAAAUGCGAGAAACAAAGUGCAUCCCAGCUGAAAACCAAUAUGGCAAAGUUCCUUUUGGCUUACCGGAAUACCCCGCAUUCGACGACUGGAGAAUCACCGUCCGUGUUGUUUUUGGGCAGACCGCUACGGACUCGCCUCGAUUUGGUGAAACCUGAUUUACAAAGGAAAGUGAUGAACAGGCAAAUCGAUCAAGCGGGGAGGAAAGGACAUUCCCCCACACGUCAAUUAUCCAUUGGUCAGACUGUCAUGGCACGUAACUACAGUGGGAAAGACAAGUGGCUACCAGGCAUAGUUCGAGCUCAAACGGGACCCCUUUCGUACGAGAUAAAAGUUGGUCCAAAUCGAAUUUGGCGACGUCACAUCGACCAGCUUCGAGCCUCGAGUGUGAAAGUAAAUGACCAGAGUGAUGAUACGGCUGAACCUCAUCCAGAGCUCGGAGAGACUGGCCAGAAUAUUGCACCAGCAGAAGAAAUUAUCGCAGAGCCGGAUAUCGAACUAGCCACGAAUCCACCAGUAGUGCAACAACAAGAAGCCGGUAGGGCUACAACAGGAUCUGAACAACGCUACCCAACUAGAUCACACCAACCACCCGAGAGGUGGGGUCUUAACUGUUUGAUCCGAAAACUGCUUAAGAAAACUACAUAG